UACAGCCUCUGUCAUGCUUCUUCCCUCCUCUUGCAGCUUGCUGGGCUGAGCAUUCCUUGUGUUCUCGCUCGUCUCCGCUGCUUCUGUACGGCUGCCACCUGCUCCCCAUUCGUACGCAUCGUCUUUGGCAGCCCUCCCCAUGCUGGGCUCUGCGGGUGACAUGGCAGAGCUCGCCCAUUGAAUGACAGUAUCGGGGAGCAGCGAGCAGCCUCUAGAUCGGUCCUGAUCAGAUACAUCCCAUUCCAUGGGAGACGGGAGUGAGAAGACGAGCACAUCUCCGGCAUCCGUUCAGCAGGAGAACUAACGGGCAGUCCCAGUACGUCAGCCAUGCCCGCAGGAAGCAGCGAGCCCGAGAGUGCCCUCAGCUACCAGAGAUCUGAUGAAGAGGCUGUUGUAGACCAAGGUGGAACCAGUUCAGUACUAAAUAUACACUAUGAGAAAGAAGAGCUUGAAGGACACAGGACGUUGUAUGUGGGAGUCCGUAUGCCACUGGGGCGGCAGAGUCAUAGACAUCAUCGGACCCAUGGGGGAAAGCACAAGAAACGGGAUCGAGUGAAGGGUGUUAUUCAAGAAGAAGGCCAUGAUGAGUCCCUAGCUCAUGACACCCCAUCCCAGAGAGUGCAGUUCAUCCUUGGAACAGAGGAGGACGAGGAACAUGUGCCACAUGAGCUAUUUACAGAGCUGGAUGAGAUCUGUGUUAAAGAUGGAGAGGAUGCUGAGUGGAAAGAGACGGCAAGGUGGCUGAAGUUUGAAGAAGAUGUAGAAGAUGGAGGUGAGCGCUGGAGUAAACCAUAUGUAGCCACUCUCUCUCUGCACAGCCUGUUUGAACUGAGAAGCUGCAUCAUCAAUGGAACCGUUCAGCUAGAUAUGCGUGCAAACACCAUAGAGGAAAUAGCAGACAUGAUCUUGGACCACCAGGAUUCUGCUGGCGAGUUAGGUGAUAAUAUCCGGGUCAAGGUGAAGGAAGCACUGCUGAAGAAACAUCACCAUCAAAUAGAGAAGAAACGCAAUAAUCUUAUUCCUAUGGUGCGCUCUUUUGCAGAGGUUGGAAAGAAGCAGUCAGAGCCCCAUUUACUAGACAAAAAUAGUCUGUCGGUGUUUCCACAACCUAUGCCCUCUACAUUAGAUGUAAAAAAUGGAGGAGGCCACGACAACAGCAGUGCCGUUGAUCUUAGUAAGGUGGAUCUUCACUUCAUGAAAAAAAUUCCCAUUGGAGCAGAAGCCUCUAAUGUCCUUGUUGGAGAACUGGAUUUUCUAGAACGACCCAUCGUAGCAUUUGUUCGCCUUUCUCCAGCAGUUCUCCUAACUGGAUUGACAGAAGUUCCAAUACCAACUAGGUUCUUAUUUAUCUUGUUGGGACCGGUAGGAAAAGCACAGCAAUACCAUGAGAUUGGCAGAUCCAUGGCUACUAUAAUGACUGAUGAGAUUUUUCAUGAUGUUGCUUACAAAGCAAAAGACAGAGGGGACUUGCUAGCUGGAAUAGAUGAGUUCCUUGAUCAAGUGACAGUACUUCCACCUGGAGAAUGGGACCCAUCAAUCAGAAUUGAGCCUCCAAAAAAUGUUCCUUCUCAGGAAAAACGAAAGAUGCCUGGAGUCCCCAAUGGAAAUGUCUGCCAUGUGGAUCCAGAACCAGAGCCUGAAGAGAGUGGACCAGAACUGCAGCGCACAGGGAGGCUAUUUGGUGGUCUGGUGGUAGAUAUCAAGAGGAAAGCUCCUUGGUACUGGAGUGACUACAGGGAUGCGCUGAGCUUGCAGUGUGUGGCUUCUUUCCUCUUCCUGUACUGUGCUUGCAUGUCUCCGGUCAUCACAUUUGGGGGUUUGCUUGGAGAAGCUACAGAAGGUCGAAUAAGUGCAAUAGAAUCCCUGUUUGGUGCUUCUAUGACAGGAAUUGUAUACUCGCUGUUUGGUGGACAACCGCUGACUAUCCUAGGCAGUACAGGACCAGUGCUGGUGUUUGAGAAGAUUCUCUUCAAGUUUUGCAAGGACCAUGACCUGUCAUAUCUCUCAUUGAGAGCUUGUAUUGGUCUGUGGACAUCUUUUCUCUGCAUCAUUUUGGUUGCCACAGAUGCCAGCUCAUUGGUCUGCUACAUCACCCGUUUCACAGAGGAAGCCUUCGCCUCACUCAUCUGUAUCAUUUUUAUUUAUGAAGCCAUAGAAAAGCUGAUUCACUUGGGAGAAACAUAUCCUGUUCACAUGCACAGCCAGCUGGACAAGCUAACCCUAUAUUACUGUAAAUGUGCUGCUCCGGAGGUACCAUCCAACAAGACCUUGCUGUUCUGGAGUUCAAACAACAUAAGCUUUACUGAAGAUGAUUGGUCCAACCUCACCGUUAGUGAAUGCAGAGGUAUGCAUGGAGAGUUUGUAGGCCCAGCCUGUGGACACCAUGGGCCAUAUACUCCAGAUGUUCUCUUCUGGUCCAGCAUUCUGUUUUUUACUACAUUUGCAUUAUCCGGUACACUGAAGACUUUUAAAACAAGCCGGUACUUUCCAACCAAGGUCCGCUCAAUGGUCAGUGACUUUGCUGUAUUUCUCACUAUUUUGACAAUGGUAAUCAUUGACUAUCUGAUUGGCGUUCCCUCACCAAAGCUUCAAGUCCCAAAUGUAUUUAAGCCAACCAGAGAUGACAGAGGAUGGUUUGUAAACCCUAUUGGGCCAAAUCCCUGGUGGACCGUUUUUCCUACAGUCAUCCCAGCCCUUCUUUGCACCAUUCUCAUAUUUAUGGACCAGCAGAUUACAGCUGUUAUUAUUAACCGAAAGGAGCACAAACUUAAGAAAGGAUGUGGUUACCAUCUAGACCUACUCAUGGUGGGGAUGAUGCUGGGAAUCUGCUCAAUCAUGGGAUUGCCAUGGUUUGUUGCUGCUACUGUGCUGUCUAUCACCCAUGUAAAUAGUCUUAAACUGGAGUCGGAGUGUUCAGCACCAGGAGAGCAGCCCAAGUUCCUCGGGAUCAGGGAGCAGAGAGUGACGGGGCUGAUGAUCUUUGUGCUUAUGGGCUGCUCUGUCUUUAUGACUACAGUGCUAAAGUUUAUUCCAAUGCCAGUAUUGUAUGGAGUGUUCCUCUAUAUGGGAGUAUCUUCACUGAGAGGAAUUCAGUUCUUUGACCGGAUUCUUCUCUUCGCUAUGCCAGCUAAACACCAGCCAGAUUUUAUCUACCUGCGACAUGUGCCUCUCAGAAAAGUCCAUCUUUUCACCCUCAUACAGCUGACCUGUCUGGUUUUACUUUGGGUUAUUAAGGCAUCUCCAGCUGCUAUUGUUUUCCCAAUGAUGGUCCUUGCACUCGUGUUUGUCCGAAAAGUAAUGGAUUUCUGCUUCAGCAGCCGGGAGCUAAGCUGGCUUGAUGACUUGAUGCCAGAAAGCAAAAAGAAGAAAUUGGAAGAUGCCAAAAACAAGGCUAAAGAACUGGAGGAGGCAGAGAAGAUGCUGCAGGCAGGUGAAGACAAAGGGGUGCAGCUUCCUUUAGAGACCAGGAAAUUACUGGGCAGCCCUGGGAGAAACAAUAAUUCCAGAUGUGAUCCAUCUGAAAUAAAUAUCUCUGAUGAAAUGCCUAAAACUACUGUGUGGAAAGCUCUCAGUAUGAACACUGAAAGUUCAAAAGCAAAGGAUAGAAGCAUUUUUUAAUAGGUGUCUUGGCGCGUGAAGGACUGUGCUUGAUGGAAGAUGACUCAGGGAAGGGCCAAGACCCAAAAUGUGGCAUACAGUUUUUAUGGGAUGUCCCCACGUUUUCUCCACAUGAAGGAUACAUGUUAAAGCCAUCAAAAAUGUUAUCUUGUAUAAAUAUAUAUAUUUUUUUUAAUUUUCAGUGUGUGCUUUAACAAGCUGUUAUUAUUUGUGUGCCAUCAGUGCACUUGUAACGAGGAAGUGUCCAACACAGCAAUGCUGAACUGCAGCUUCAAACAGGUUCAUUGAAGUAAUUCCAAGGAGGAUCUAUGGAGUUUUACCUCAUCGGGAUAUAUUCCGCAUUGAAGCAGAUGUGUCUAGUUGAUCAGUUCUAGUAUUCACUAGCUACAACUGGAUGAAGAAUAGUGUCAGUAGACCUG